AUGCCCUGCUCCCGACCAACUGGCACUGGUCGGACGCGUCGCUAUCGCCAGCAGCCCCAGCCACAUAUCUGCCCUUUGUGCAAGAAGCAUUUUUCGACUGGCGGCCAUCUCAAGCGACACGUUCAGAUCCAUUCUGGCCAGCGCAACUUUCCAUGCACCAUUCCUGGGUGCGAGACGCGUUGUUCUAGAGCGGAUAAUCUACAGCAGCAUAUAAAAACGCAUUCUCCGUCUUAUGUUCCACGCAAGGCGCCAAAGGACUUGGCUUUCGGUUUUUCCAGUGCAUCCUCUUCGUCCUCGACACGCGACUCCCCACGGCCAUCCACUUGGUCGUCUUACUCGCAGUCGUCUGCCGAGUACUCCCCACCGCCAACUACUCCACCUUCGUUUACUUUUCCCUCCUCGAUGCCAACUCGUCCCGUAGUCCAGGUACCGGAAAUACCCGGCUUUCCGCUCCUUCCGCUUGAACCUGUGGAGUUGUUCAGACCCAAAUUGUUGCUGGUCGAAAACAGCAAUAUUACCACGCAAAUGCAACCAUCCUCGGCCGUCGAGACUUUCCUAUCAGCGACAUUCCCUCCCUAUCCUCACCUCGAACUUGUACAUCCAAUUCCUCGAGCAUCCCAGCCACGUUCUACCCUGUUGGACCUGGAGGACUCCGUACAAUAUGAGUCCGUUCAGACUCCGGCAACCGAUCCAAACUUGGAGCCAGAUUUCAACGCUUUUCAAGACUUGCUCGCAUACCCUACUUUUUUAGCCUCCGAAUCGUCUUUGGCAGGCAAUCUGGAGGCUAUGUUGGUGGACCACGGCUGGCCGCACCAGUUUCCGAUGGUCGACCUUGCUAAUACCUCCUACCCGCGACACCCGGGGACGAACGGGAACGAGAUGUACCAGGAUUUCCUCGGAUAA